UAGCUUCUAUUACACAUUAAUUAACCACACAUCAAUCCAAAUAAUUAGUUGGAAUUGAUUGAAGAUAGAUACAUGGCAGGGUGCCUAAGGAUAAAGGGUGGUGGUGCUGUAUUGCUCUGUGCUUUUUUGUUGGUAGGAAUAUCAGCGUCGUACGGACAGCUGAGUCCAACCUUUUAUGAUGAAACAUGCCCGCCUCUAAGAAGCAUUGUACGAGGAAUAAUCGCCCAAGUUCUCUUCACCACCGAUCCCAGGAUCGCUGCCAGCCUAAUUCGCCUUCAUUUCCACGACUGUUUUGUUAAUGGUUGCGAUGCAUCGUUAUUGUUGGACGACAGCACCAGCGCCAGUAUAGUCAGUGAAAAGGGAGCUCUGGCAAAUAACAACUCGGUCAGGGGUUUCGAUGUCAUCGACGACAUCAAGACGGCUGUGGAAGACGCUUGCCCUGGCGUUGUCUCUUGCGCUGACAUACUCACCAUUGCUGCUACCGAAUCUGUUUAUUUGUCAGGAGGACCCUGUUGGACAGUCCUACUAGGAAGAAGGGAUAGCUUAACAGCAAACCUAACAGCAGUCAACGAUUUCAUUCCACGUUCCAUUGAUCCUCUUGAUCAGCUAAAGAACAAGUUCGCAGUUUUGGGCCUCAACACCUCCGACCUCGUUGCAUUAUCUGGUGCGCACACAUUUGGGAGGGCCCAAUGUCUAUUUUUCAGGCAGCGGUUAUUCAACUUCAACGGAACCGGGGCUCCAGACCCGACCCUUAACACAACUUACUUGGCAGAGCUCCAACAGCUUUGCCCAGAAGGUGGAAAUACAAGUGUCCUAGCCAAUCUUGAUCCUACCACUCCCAAUGUUUUUGACAACAAUUACUUCUCCAAUCUUCAAGCCCUCAAAGGUCUUCUCCAGAGUGAUCAAAUCCUGUUUUCCAGCGAUGGGGCCGAUACCGUUGAAUUCGUUAACAAAUUCAGGGCAAGUCAAAGAGCUUUCUUUGAGAGCUUUGUGGAUUCCAUGAUCAAGAUGGGGAAUCUCAGCCCCCUCACCGGUACAGAUGGAGAAAUCAGACAGAAUUGCAGGAGGAUUAAUGGGGAUUCAACUCCUACUAACACAAACUACUAUGGUGGCUUUGUUGCCACAAUGUGAAAAUAACCAAAAUUAUGAAAUAAAAGGGUAUACGUGGAAUGUUACAAGAAUAUAAACUGAUAAAUUAAUCCAAUAUUGCAAAAAUAAAGUAACGUCUUGUGGAAUGAUCAGCUUAUUUGUUAUGCAAUAUAUCAUGUUUGACUCAUUCUAAAUAAUAUAUAUGAAAUAGAGUUCACUACAA